UAUGCGAUCAUAUAUAUUCUUUUUUUUUUCUGAUUGGAAAAUCCGGUUCAUCUUAUAAUUAAUUUCUUGCCAUUUAAUGAAUAGACGUUCUCACUACGCUGGGUUUGUUCAUAUUAUCGUUCAAGAGACGCAAGCAAGGGAAAGGAAAUCUAUCAGUUUAGUGAAUUCUGGUCGCUUUUGACCUUGAAAAUAUCUAUAAACGAUCAAUCCAAGCCAUCUCAAGAGUUCCUCCGAAUCACUGAUUGAUUUGGAAAUGCCUUAAACACAGUAAAUCCAUGGCUUCCAAUUCCAAUCUCCUUCUACGAGCAGAGCAAUCUCAUGCUCAAACUCCCUUGGUCACCUCAAAUUCAGAUCGAAACGACGUCGAAGCAGGACAAGGCCGCCUGAGGCAAGGAGAUGAUCAUGACGAACCGGAGGAGACUCAGCUGGAUCAGAUGCUUCGCCGGAUAGAAACGUUUCUCGCAUUGCUUGGAUGCGAGCAAUCGUCGUCGUUGAACUUGGCUCUGUCUUGGACCUCUUUCAUGGUGAUCGGCGUGGUAGUUCCGCUAGUGGCGCUUUUGUUCGGCGACUGUUCCGACUGCGAGGGUUAUCAAAGGAAGGACUUCGAGAUAGAAAUAAUUGCUUUUCAGGCGUGUCUCGCUGCCGUCUCCUUGCUCUGUCUCUCUCACAAUCUGCGCAAGUAUGGUCUAAGGAGGUUCCUCUUUGUUGAUCGGUACAGUGGAAAACUGAUGAGCUUGCACGAACGUUACGUCAAGCAGGUUUUGUGAUGUAUUUACAAACGAAUCCUGGAGGAAUCACUAUAUUUGGAUGGGUAGUUGACCGGUCCCUUGUCAACACGAUAUUUUUUCUUGAACUUACUCUGGUUACUUUCGUGCUGAGCAAGACCAUAUUAUGAUGAUGUAUGU